CGCCGCGCGACGACCGACACCAUGGGUUUCCUCAAACGCCUCUUCAGCAAGAAAAGCAAGAAAAACAGCAAACACGACACGAACAGCAACGAGGAUGUCCCGCCGACGCCCAGCGUGGAAGAACAGCCAGCGGUGACCUUGACGCCCAUCGCGGAGGGGAACGACGAGGACAGCGAGCAGGAGGCUGUCGCCAGCCGCCUUCUCCGCUCGUCCUCUCGUCGCUUUGAAGUGGUCAGUGAGUUGGAUUAUGCAUCGCUCCCGCCUAUCCCGCAUCCCAUUAACAACGUCAUCGCCCCGCCCGCAGCCUCCUCUGCCAGCAUCUCCAGCGUAGCCUCGCAACGCAGCACGUACUCCGUCAAGGUCCACACUCGCACCCGUUCCGCAUCCACCGACGUCGCUACCGUCCUGCGCGACAACCGCGAGCUCAAGCCCGAGAACGACAGCCCCGACAAGAAGAACCGCCUUUUGCGCCUCCGCUCUGAUCCCUCCAUCAACAGUCUGCUCGAUCUUUACGACGAGCACGGCCAGAUCUCGAACAAGGCUUUCUCUGAAGGUUCCCCGGAGAAGGUUCAUUCGGGCGAGCGUGCACAGGUUCGGCGGAGCGGCUCCACGCUGCGGCAGCUUCUGGGCGAUGAGAUGGGCGGCGAGAACAAGUCGAGGGAGGGUGACAUUUCCUGGGCAGAGCGCUACCUUGGUGAGCGUGCAGACUCCCCUACUAGUGCCGCAUCGUCCCCCGAGCUUCAGACGCCCAUCAACCCCGACUUCCGCUUCCCGGACCCCAAGUUCCGUGUCCCCGACGAUCAUUCACGACCUCACUCUUUCUCCGACGAGCCCUCCUUUAACAUCUCCGCAUACUACAACCGUAGCAACGAUACGUCGAUGACCACGACCGAAACGUACCCGACUAUCAACUCUAUGGCCGUUGAGGCGAGCGCGUCAGGCGCUCCCUCCGUUGAUGACCACAGCCCCUACCAGAACGCGGACCCCAAGACCCCUCAGCGCGCCUCCCAGAUUUUUGGCUUCAUCACUGAGAAGCGCAGGUCUCAGACCCUGGACGCUGCCAACUCGGCCAAAGGCAAUGAUAAGGGCCUCCCGCAGCUGCCCAGUUACUUCAGCUCGCCCUCCGAUGACGGCCACGAGGAAGCGCGCCCAACGAGCCGCAAAGGCCGCACGCACACUUCCAUCUCUUCCUUCUCGAAACGCUUCGCGACACCCAACUCCGACGAUACCCACAGCAACACCAACGCGAUUACCGACUUCUUCAAGCGCGCACACUCCCGCUCGCGCUCGCGUUCCCACUCGCGCCACCGCACGCACUCCUCGGGCAAAUCGUCGGGCUCGGACAAGACGUACCUUGGCGCUGCAAACGCGCACGGCAAGCACGCUAGCGUCGAUCGCCCGACGACGCCCGGGCAGGACCGCCACCGCACGCAGACGGCGAGCUCACUAGGCAACACGACCAUGGACUCGGAGGAGCCGCAUGUGGCCAAGGCGCAGAAGGUUAAGGUCAUCCUGAACGCGCCGACGAAGGUCAUUGUCACUGCACCGACGCCCGGGCAUGAGAUGGACGCGACGCCGAACCAGUCGCGCAUUCCGCGCGGACCGAGGGAUCGCAGGCGCAAGUCGCACUCGGGACGGGACCAUGUUUCGCGCCCGAGGCCGCUCACGGAAAGGGGCAGCGCUGCUCAGCGCGAGCGGCGUGUUUCUUCGGAGCGUGAGCGUCGUGUCUCUCAUGAGCGUGAGCGCCGCGUCUCCUCUGAGCGUCGUUCGGCCGACUCCAAGCGUCGCCCUGGUGGGCUCGAGUACCGUGCUCCUGAGUCUCGCAUCCCUGGCGCAGACCGUCGUGCUGCGUCCGACUCCACCGACCGCUCCUCCCGCCGCUCCUCGGAGGCCUUCACGCGUAUCCCCGAGCGUCGUCGUCCUGCCCAGCGCAUCAGCUCCAUCGCCUCCGACGUCCUGUCGAACACGAGCCUUGUGGACUGCGUCCUCGUCGAGCGGCCGCCGCGCCGUGACCUCGGCGAGUGCGAGAAUGGGCAGCCGGCUAAGGUCAAGAAGGCGGCCGUCGAGUCCAAAAAGACCUUUACCGAGUCAAAGACCACCCUCGCUGAGUCCAAGAAAGUCUUCACUCAGUCCACGACUGCCCUUCCUGAGCUUAAGGAGACGCCCGCCGAGAACGACAUGACCAUCCGCGCCAUCCCCUCCUCGCCCAAGAAGCGCUCCACCGCACCCGGCUCGCCGAAGAAGGCCGGCUCUCCCAAGAAGGCCUCCAAGGAGAACGCGCCCUUCUACUCCGAGAACGCGGUCCCGGCCUCACCGACCAAGAGGAAGACCAGCAGUGGCAUCCCCAUGAGCCCCAGCGGUAUCCCCGUCUCGCCGACCAAAAAGGCCACAAUGGGUCUCGGGUCCGGCUUGGGCGCGCAGGGUGGCCUAUCCGUCCAAGCCGAGCUCCCCUCGACGCCGAUGCGCUACUCGCUGCAUCGCGCGGCGGUGACGCCCGCGGCGUUCCGGGCGCCCGUCGUCGAGCCUGCGUCCCCGGCGUCGUCGUCGGAGAUGUCGCCGGUGGGAAGGCAGAUGAUGGAGCAGGUGCGGAUGCAGAGGCAGCGGAAUAGGGAGUUUGAGAGGAGCAGGGCGCCGAGGCUGGCGGUUUAGAUGCCCUUCCGCCCUGCGUUUCCUCGACGCUUUCUUCUGCUCCUGUCCUUGCCCCUGCCUUCCAAUCCUGCCAACCCAUAUUACCGCGUCUUUUCCUUACUCCUCCAAAUCGACAAUUUGCAUGUACGAUCUUUAGACGAUCAGGUGUUGCCUAUACCCUUUCCCCUGUACUACCGCGUUCUCGAUCUCCUGGACCCUGCCUUUGCGUCACCUUGUUAUCAAUGCUCUGCACCCUCUGGACUUCCAACCACACACGUUUUGCGCAACCCAAUGGACCUUCCCUCAAUUCCGAACUCCCUGCAUACAUACGCUUCUCGCGCCGUAUAACGCAUCCGUCCCGUGCACCUGCACUGGUACCGUACGCCUUACUUCGUGUUUGCGUCGUGCCUUCAUCGUACACUGUUUUCUAACAACUGCAAGUACAAGCUUCC